AGUUGGCUGAGGGAGGUAUCUCUGGGUUGCCUCCCCUUUUAAUGAUUGGUUUACCUGCCUUCAUUUCUAUGGACACUUCUGCAUUUAAGGGCUAUCUAUUCUCGCGUUUCACCAUCUUGCUAGAUGUUACUCUUAAAACUGUAGAUGACUGACUGAUAAUUUCCGUGGAGCAUGUAUCACUAAAUUGUGUCGUUAGUACCAUAAUUAAGCACAAUAAUCUAGCAUAGUGUUUCUAUUUCUUGCUUCAAUAAUUUGCCUAGUGUGUUGAAAAUCAUUGGAAGCAAAGUGUUUGUUGGCCAACCAUGAAUUUACCAAUUUCUAACUACCAGUUUCUAGAACUGUUGGUGCCAGUACGCAAUAUUACAUUGAGAACCCAGUGUCUUUAUUGAUGUUCAGAUCAUCUUGAAAUGUGUGAAUUUGUAGGGAUAAUUCGGUAUAAAGCAUGCAAUUUUUCCAUAGGUUUUAAGUUCUUUUCCUCAUUUUAUAGAAGUUCUAAUCACUCUCGUAUAUCCUUCCUGGAGUUUUAUAUUUCAUGUUUUGAGUUAUCAACUUCAAUCAUAUGUACUCUUAAGCUUUUUCUAUCAUAUGCUUGGUGCAGAUUGGAUUCCUUAUGAUUGACGAAGUUGGAUGAGCAAAUGAAGGUUUCUGUUUUCCACUACGAGUCUCUUUUUUUGAAUACUAGUCGGUCUUUUAGGCUCCAACCAGCACAACACACACACAGCACUGGAUGAUGUAAUCUUAUAUAUUGUUCCUUUACAAAUCCUGAAAGAUUGUUUCUUUCAAACUAUUUUAGUCCUAUUGCAGUUGUAGGAAGAAUAAUUUCCUGCGACAUUUGCAGACUCAAUGUCAGAUGCCUUGCAAGUCCCUAGAUACUAAACUUUGUGAUGUGGUGAUGCUUUUGUCUUUUAGCUUGUUCUAUCUUUUCUUUCCAGCGAGUAUUUACCAGAUUUAGAUUUGUUUUGUUAGGCCAAUAGAUAUUGGUAUUGCCAAGCUAACUGUUAUGUUUGAGUAGAUGAAGCUUCAGCUGAAAGUUGCUCUUGCUUUUCUCAUUGGCUUAAUCUGGAUCCAGCAGGGUUUUUCUGAUGAACUUUCAGCUAAAUCAGGCAUCAACAAUUGGACAUUUACAUGUUCAGCAUCAUAUCAAGGAAAUCAGAGCUAUAUUAAAUCUAAUUGUUCUUCAUCCUGUGAUUGCAGUCCGGAUGGUGGACAAAGUGGAGGCAUGCGGACAUGUACAUGUUCUUCCGAUGGGUUACCAAAAGUUGCCACUGGCAUUCAAGAUACUACCUGUUUUACAGCCUGCAACUGCACUUCUGGUUCUCUUACUGAUGUUCAAGAUACAAGAAAACAUUUUUCCAGCAAGAUAGUUGUGGUCAUCCUACUAUUAUGUGUCAUAGUCACAACUCUUGCAUUUCUUGCUUCAAUAACAUGCUAUCUCUACUGAAAGGACAAGUGCUUAUCCUUGUCAGACAGGGAAAGGAGUUGCCAUAGUGCUACUAACUUAAUUAGUCACAGAGCAUCUUCAAUGUCUGAAACUAAAAUCAGGGUUGAUUCUCCCAUUAAUCCUAUAUCAGGGUAUUUUCGCAAGGCUUCUCUCUUGUGUAGGAGCAAAACGGAGAUUAUACAUGGAAAUUUAAUCCUUUUCACGUACUCUGAGUUGGAAUAUGCAACCAAUAAGUUCUCCUAUUCUAAUCUAAUUGGACUUGGAGGAAGUAGUUAUGUAUACCGUGGUCAGCUCAAGGACGGUAGGACUGUGGCAGUUAAGCGGCUGAAAGCUCAAGGUGGUCCUGCUGCAGAUUCCCUUUUUUUCAAACAGGUUGAGCUGUUAGCAGAGCUCCAUCACUGUCAUGUUGUGCCUUUGCUUGGCUACUGCUCGGAGUUCCAAGGGAAGUUUUCUGAGAGGUUGCUGGUAUUUGAACACAUGCCUAAUGGUAACCUGAGGGACUGUCUGGAUGGGGUUUUAGGGGAAAAAAUGAACUGGCAAACUCGUGUUACUAUUGCAAUAGGAGCUGCAAGGGGUUUAGAAUAUCUUCAUGAAUCAGCUGCUCCAAGAAUUUUGCACAGAGAUGUCAAAUCAACCAAUAUUCUUAUGGAUGACAACUGGAGGGCAAAAAUUACUGAUCUUGGUAUGGCUAAACGUUUAAGAGGUGAUGGAGUUCCCAGCAGUCCCAGUUCUCCAGCAAGAAUGCAGGGCACAUUUGGCUAUUUCGCACCAGAAUAUGCAAUGAUUGGAAGAGCCUCUCUUAUAUCAGAUGUUUUCAGUUUUGGGGUAGUUCUUCUUGAACUUAUCACUGGUCGGCAUCCAAUCCAUAAAUCAACCAACGAAGGAGAAGAAAGCCUUGUCUUUUGGGUAAAAAGAAUCUUGAUUUUUGGGCUAGUAUUACUAGAGUUGCCUGAUCCACGAUUGAGAGGGAAUUUCCCAGAAGAAGAGUUGCAAAUAAUGGCUUACCUGACAAAGGAGUGCCUGCUGUUGGGUCCUGAUGCUCGACCAAGCAUGGGUGAGGUGGUACAAAUCCUCUCAACUAUAGCACCAGAAAAAUCCAAUAGGAGAAACAUUCCUGUGAAUCUUUUUCAGAUGACUUCAAUCCAGAGAAUGAAAACUGAGCUGUUCAAAGAAAAACCCUGCAGUCGAGCUGAAGGUCUUGUUGAUGCAGAGGAAGUACUGAAGCCAGACAGGUCAAUUCAACAGUCAGCUUUAGAUGUAGAACACGACCUUUUUGUUGGAAGCAACAAUGUAGGGGCAGAUAAUAAUUCAAUCAAGUAUAUGGAGAGGUUAAUACUUUUGACUUCAAAAGCUCAGAGUUUGCGUUCCUCGGAUGAUGAGGCCGUGGACUUAACUGAGCCUCGGCUAGAAUCAUUCUGCAUGGCUAAUGUUAAAUCUCCAUGAAAAAGCUGCUCCCUAUGAAGGCAAAAAACAUUUUUUUCAGGCACUUUGCAGUUUGGCGGUACAACUUUUGGUUUCUUACAUUGAGAAGCAUGCAACUUUUUGGUCAUUUCUUUAUUGAUUUGUAUAGAAUUGAUCAUGUACAGAAAAAAUUAUAGAAAACUUGGUAAUAUGAUAUGGCUUCACGGUUCAUCUUACAAAGAAGUUGAUUUAGUUUUUUGUAUGAGGAACAGUGCUCAGGUACAUAUGUGAUAUGUCAAAUUCAUUUGCUGUGAAAUGCUUUAAAUAGGAAAAAAAAAACCAAGAAAGAAAAACAUAGUGUGGCAAAUUCUGAUAGAAAGCAAGCUUUCAAGUUAGGGCUUGCCAAGAUGUCAAGCUCAAGUUUGAGCUCUCAUGAUUCUGAUUAAAAACGUUUCUUUUUAAUCAAGUACAACAACUUCGUAGAUAGAUUUGAGAAAUAGGAGUGGUCAUGCUUCACUUUUUUUUUGAACCAAAUAAAAAAUCUUUCUUCGGUGGGCUAUAGGUGACAAAAUAAUUUCUAUCACAAGAUCUUUAAAAAUCUUUAGCUUUUAUCCAAUUGAAUUUCUUGAGUUUGGAAGUUAAAUUGUCGGCACCCUUCAUGACUGCGAUUUUUUUUUUUCUUGAAUCAAAUUCAAUAUCAAAUAUUAUAUUGCCAUUGGAAGCAACUUGGUUCUGUAAUGUGUUUUUUGGUGUAUGUAUAUUCUGGUAAGUCAAGUAUCAGUAGAUGUCCAUGUGCAGUGGUAGCCAUGUUGAGCACUUGACUUGUUCUGUGUAAUAAUUAGUUGGGUCGUCCAUUUUUGCAAUUCUAUUGCCUAACUUUGAAUGGUAGUUGAAGGUGUGACCUGAAGAAAGGAUGUUGCAUAAUGUUCUGCCAAUUAAUAUCUACCAUCUAACUUCCACAAAGAGAGGAUACCAGUUAAUACUUCAGUAGUUGAGGUAUUGUCCGUCGUCUUAACUCACCAAUGGAUCCUCCUCCUCCACCACCACCAUCUACUGUUCCACUGCUUGGUCCACCACACAAUGAAGGAGGAUGCUUGGAUUCAUGUUUAUGGUUUCUGUGCUGCUGUGGCCUAUUCUCAUGCUGCUGCCCUCCACUGUUUGAGCCUGUGCCACCUCCCCCCUGAAGCUGCAUUUCUUUAGUUAUAUUUGGUUCGUGAGAAGAAACUAGAAAACAUAGUUCAUUGACAGUUUAUCUUUUGAUUUUUGACCCAAAACUGUUGUGAUAACAAGAUUUUCUUUUGUAUCGCUUUUUUUGUUUUUGUUUUAUGUGAUUCUCUGACUCUGUUCAGCUGAUGAAUGUUGAGUUGCAACUCUGCCUGUAACAUAGCUUCUCCAAUUUGUGCUUGUUCAGAGUUUGUGGGAAUAAUAUUUAUAGAGUUAGUUAUAACUUAGUCCAUAUAAUCUAUGGAGACUAA